AUGAUUGUUCCUGAACUACAAAGGACGCUGAUAGUGCGGGUAGACGGCAGCGAGGCGCUCCUAGCACAAGGAAACUAUACAGGAGGGGAAGGGGAGGGGGUUCUGGGAAAGUUGGGGUCUUCCGCCAAGGAGAUUGCCCCCCCGUCCGGGCGGGGAGAACGCGAAGCACUCAUCAACAUCAGCACACCUGUAAAUGGGUCAGCGAUCCUGCAGAGUGGCGUGCGAGAGGCACCAUGGGGGUCAACCCAGCCUCUUCAGCCAGACCAGGGGAUUCGUGACACUGGUACCUGA